AACGCCAAAAAAAAUGCAUAAAGAUAAAUAUAAUUUCAUUGAAAAGCUCAGCGAAUAGAAAAAUGUUGAGAAAAGUGUCAUAGUGUUAUUUUUAAUUGAAAAUUUUAGUGAAAUUAUUAUCUGUUAAAAUAUUAUUGAAAUAUGAAUCUAAAAUAAUUACACACACGCAUAUACACUAUUGCAGUUCAUGUAAUUUAAUUCCAUAUGCAAACAGUUGGCAAUUCGACGGCGUUUAAUUUUCGCCUGGAUUGGCUUUGUUUUCUGUAUUGCUCUCACCAUCACUCGUUGUCCACAAAAACUGCAAUUUAUGAUUAAAGCCAAACAAGUUAUAAAAUAUAAACAACAAACAAAUCAAGGAAAUCAAAUGUGUAUCUUGUUCCCUCAUUGUUUGGGCUCCAAAAGAUGUGUAAACGUUCUGGAAAAGUGAAAAGAAUACAGAAAUUAACGACCUAAAAAUAAAAGAAAAAACAAGAACUGCAAAGGCAAAGUAGUAAUUGCCUUCAUCGAUAUUGCCAUUGAAGUGUUGGAGAAUUGGAAGCACUAUUUACACCAUUGGGAGCACCAACAGCCAGACAAACAAGCAGCAAGCCUUACACACAGUCCACCGCAAACGACGACAUAACAGCAACAACAACAAGCGACCGACCUCGUUCAUCUUUUCUAAAUAAAGAAAUUGUUCAUUUGUGCAGCGCCCGUAUGUCAUAUGAACGUGUUUGUAUGAUUGUGGCCGUGUCGUUGUCGUCGAUUUCGAUGUCGUUGUCGUCGUCGUAUUGUUAUCCACAACCAUUUUUAUAAAAGUUUAAUAACAACAACAAAAACAGCUAAAAUAAUGCAGUUUCUUCAUAUUGUUCAUAUUGGAAAAGUGCUGCAUAAUCAAGUUGCCUUAAAGUAUUAAAAAAAAGACGAUACGUACCGUACGUCAUUGUGUAACCCAAAACGCUGCUGAGCAUCUUCCCCCUCACACCAAACUAAUUCCGGACACAGGCAUCAGCAUUUUAUAUUUUGCACUUGAUUUAAACAAUUUUGUAAUUUUAUUGCCCGCAGUGUGCAAAUGUUUUACAUCAGCUGUGCCAUUGGUGCGGUUGUGUGGGCUCAGUUGCUGUAAUAUCCGUUUAGUUAGUUUGGAGACUAGUUUUGCUCACCCGUUUACCAUAACAAAAACCAAGAACAAGAACAACAUCAACAAAAAGCUCAGAACAUUUUCAUAGCUACAAUACACGUCCUUCAUCGAGUCAACUCUAUCAAUAUUGUUGUUGGUGCAAUCGUAUUGUUUCCUUUUGUUGACAUUUGACGUACAAUCAUCGCUCACAACGCCUUCGUCACCAUCAAUAUCAUCAUCAACAACGCUUUGCCGUAUCUAGAUAGCUUAGCAUUUCCUUUUGCACAAAAUUCAAUGUCAAUGGCGGACUUUGAUGCAAUUUAUGAGGAGGAUCAAUUGGAGGAGAAUUAUGAAGAUCAAACAGUGGCACCAGUGCAAGAACCCAUAAUUAUACGUGGUGCUGGUAAUAUGACAGUAUUUGGCUUAAGCAAUCGAUUUAAUACCGAAUUUCCUUCUGGUCUGGUGUCACGAGUAGCGCCUGAAGAGUUCAAAGCCACAAUAGGACGAAUAAAUGGCAUACUGAAAAAGACAUUGCCCGUUAAUGUGAAAUGGUUAUUUUGUGGCUGCGUCUGUUGUUGUUGCACCCUUGGUUGCUCCCUAUGGCCGGUGAUAUGUCUCAGUAAACGAACCCAAAUAACUUUGGACAAACUGCUGGAGUGGGAGAAUAGUCAUCUGUAUCAUAAGCUUGGUCUUCACUGGCGAUUACACAAACAACAAUGUGAUUCAAAUUCAAUGAUGGAAUAUGUUAUUUCAAUUGAAUUUAUACCCAAAACACCAAUUUAUCGGCCGGACUAAAAUCGACCAGAAGCGGUUGA